UUGUCAAGUCAAAGUCAAUGUCAUAUUUAUAAUUUGUUUACUUUGGUUUUAAUGUAAACGUAAAUUGUAUUUCUAAUUAUUAUCUUAAUAUCUUUUAAUUUUUAAUAAAUAAUGCCAUGGAAUGAAAAAUGUAAUUGAAUCGAUUUAAAUGAUAUAAUGCUUUUAUGAUACCAUACCAGACUGCUUUCAUUAAUUACCUGCCGCGGUAUGGAAUAUUAAGUCAAAAUGGAUCAGAAUAUUUGCCGUCUAUGUUCUGAAAACCUUGGUGUGUGUUCCCUGUUCGACAUUACCGAUUGUGAUGAUAUUCGUCUAUGUGAGAAAGUCAGGUAUUGUGGUAAAGUGACGGUGGUCCAAGGCGACGGGUUGCCCUCGCAAAUCUGCAUGAAUUGCGAGGAGCAGCUCGCGGCUACGUACAACUUCCUGCUCAGAUGCGAGUACGCCGACAAGCGGCUGCGGUCACUACAGGUCAAAGACGAGUGCGACGACAAAUAUGAUGUAAAAACAGAAGAGUUCGACAAUCACGAUGUAAAAACAGAAGACUUCGACAACCACGAUGUAAUCUCAGAAGAGUUUGACAAUCAAGAUGUUAACGCAGAAGACUUCGACAACCACGAAGGAAUCACAGAGGAGUUUGACAACCACGAUGUAAACACAGAAGAAUUUGACAAUCAUAAAGUAAACUCUGAACACUUCAACAACCAUGCCUUCGAAAACCCCUGCGACUCCCCACCAGUUGACAUAAAGAAAGAGGAUAAUUUACUUUCACCCAUCAGAACAAAACGGAAAUAUGUAAAAAAAAAGUCACAUAAAGAAAAACCAGGCAAGUGCCAGGUGUGUGGUCGUAUCUGCAAAAGUAAGUCGGUGUUGACCUCUCACAUGAAGUCGCAUAGUGACUAUAAACCUUACGCGUGCACAUCCUGCGACAAGAGAUAUAAAGACUGUGGGACAUUGAAACGACACUUUGAUAGAAAUCACAACAUUGCUCGCACAAAGAGUGUCAUAUGUGAGCACUGCGGAAAAUGCUUCUACUCUAAGGGUGAUUGUAAGAUACACAUGAGAAUUCACACUGGGGAAACACCCUAUGCAUGCACAAAGUGUCCGGCACGCUUCACUCAAGUUGGCAGCCUGCAAAGACAUAAACUGACACACACGGGAGAGAGGUCACAUGCAUGCACUAUAUGUUCUAAAAAAUUUGCUACUACUGUACAGCUGAAGACACAUUACCUCGUCCACUCUGAUGAAAAAAAUCAUAAAUGUCCUUAUUGUGAAGUAGCUUUCAAAUACAAGAACAGUAUUAGGAAGCAUAUGACACUUCACACAUGUAAAACUAACGAAAACUUUAUCUGCGACUACUGUGGUCAAGACUUUUUAUUCAAAGGAAAUCUUCAAAUUCACAUUACCAAAAUGCAUUCAACCAAGUCUGGAUACUGUGAUGAAUGUUCUAAGUAUUUCCCAAAUAUAGAACUGCAUAUGUGCAAACACACCGGGUUGAGAACCAUCAAGUGCGAGCUCUGUCCUAGCACAUUCUUUGAUACAAAAGGCUUAUCCACCCAUGUGUCCUUCCGGCACAAGUCCACUGACAAAUAUCACUGCAAUAUAGAAGACUGCACUCUCAAAUUCCCGUCCCAGGCUAUGGUCCAAUACCACAUCUUGAGGUACCAUAAAUCCAUGAAACCAUUUUCUUGUGACAAGUGCCCUAGAAGUUUUUAUAGAAAGAGUGAUUUGGUGAGACAUAAACGAGGCACCCAUAAGGAAUUCUGUGUGGACUGAUAAUAUGUACCAAAUAACUUGUGUUGUUGAAAUGACAACUUGUGUUUGUGUUGUGACAAUGUUGUGGUUGACAACAAACACAAAAAAGCUUUAUACAAAUUUAUGAAAGAGUUUGUUAUAUGAUUCCUCCAUCAUAUUAGGAUAAAUUCAUGCUCACAAGAAAAAUAUGUCACAUACACCUGGAUUUAGUAGCUGUGUAACUUUAAUCUAGAAGUAGCUCAAACCCUUGGCCUUUGGGUAAAAUAAAUUUUACUUUAUUUUGAACUAGCGGACGCCCGCGACUUCGUCCGCGUGAAACCCUACUACUACCCCUACCCCUACCUUACCCCUAUCUUACUCCUAACCUACCGCUACCCUACCCCUUCCCUACCCUACUCUACCCCUAUCUUAUCCCUAACCUACCGCUACCCUACCCCUACCCUAACCCUACCCUAUCCUUACCCUACCACUGCCCUACCCCUACUCUAAUCCUACACUACCCCUACCACGCGACGGCGACGGAAGCAUAAAAAAUGAAGUAACUUCUCCCGUUUUCUCAACAUUUCCCCUCACUGCUCUGCUCCUAUUGAUUGUAGCGUGAUGAAAAGUAUACUAUAACCUGCUCAGGAGUGUGAAGAAUAAUUGUACCAAGUUUCGUUAAAAUCCGUCGAGUAGUUUUUGUUUCUAUAAAGAACAUACAGACAGACAGACAGACAAAAAUUUAACUGAUUGUGUUUUUGGAAUCAGUAUCAACCACUAAUCACCCUCUGAUAGUUAUUUUGGAAAUAUAUUGCAUGUACAGCAUUGACCUCUCUACAGAUUUAUUAUAAGUAUAGAUAAUACCAUACCAAAUACAUAAAUACCACUUUUUACUUGGAAUGCAUAGUGUAGGCUGUAGCUUAAAUUAGAAUUCAUAUUGUAUUGAGACAAUAUGACGAUUUUAAUGGACUGAACCAUCACAAUAAUAUUUUUUGUUGUUUAUCCAGUAAUCCCCACACACACAUUGACACAUCACCUCUAACUUUUUUCAACAGAAAAUAAAAAAAGAACAUGUUAUAUGGGUAAAGAAUAUGAGGCUAAUUGCAAUGUUUAAUUUAAAUAUUAUGUCUAUAUGAACAUAGGAUAUUGAUAAAGUAUAGUAUGUUUAUAACUUUUACUACAUAAAGUAAAUGAGGUUGGAAGUAUUAUGUAUUGCAUUAAAAUGUAUAAAAUGUAA